AUGAACCCGGAAGAUAACGUCUACGCGAUGGAGACCGACGACAUCACGUUGACAAAUAGCGGCUCCGACCAUGAGAUGGCGACUGCACCUGCGUCGGAGGUCCCGACGACCAAGAUGGACACGGACCCCGACCAGCCGCUCGCGAAUGACUUCGACUCCAUGAAGGAGCUGGUGCUUACGCCGCUCAUCGAUGAACCUCCCAUCCUGGAAGAUGUUGUUGACACAUGGACGGUCGACAACUGGCGCUCGCUGAAGAAAAAGGAACAUGGUCCGGUUUUCAAGGCUGGCGGCUUUCCUUGGCGCAUUCUUCUUUUCCCGCACGGCAACAACGUCGAUUAUGUAUCGGUGUACCUCGAGCACGGGUUCGAGCCGAGCGAGAUCCCGGAUGACUGGGUGUGCUGUGUCCAGUUUGCGCUGGUGUGUUGGAACCCCAACGACCCGAUGAUAUACGCGACGCAUACGGCGCAUCACCGCUUUACAAAGGACGAGGGCGAUUGGGGCUUCACACGCUUUGUCGAGCUGCGCAAAAUGCUCCACAAUUGGGAGGACCGUCAGCGGCCCAUGAUCGAGAACGAGUCCGUCAACAUCACCGCCUACGUCCGCGUCGUCGAGGACGAGACCGGUGCGCUCUGGCACAGCUUUGUCAACUAUGAUUCCAAGAAGGAGACGGGUUUCGUUGGUCUCAAGAACCAGGGCGCCACAUGCUACCUGAACUCCCUUCUGCAGUCCCUUUACUUUACCAACGCUUUCCGCAAGGCCAUCUACGGCAUUCCUACGGAGUCCGAAGAAACCUUUAGCAACAGUGCAUACACGCUCCAGCGACUAUUCUACCAGCUGCAGACCUCCAAAACAGACGUCGGCACAAACGAGCUCACAAAAUCUUUCGGCUGGGAGUCAAGACACAUCUACAUGCAGCAAGACGUUCAGGAACUGUGCCGCAAGCUGAUGGAGCGCAUGGAAAAUAAGAUGAAGGGCACGGCCGACGAGAACCUGCUGUCCAAGAUCUUUAGUGGCAAGGUCAAGACGUACAUCUCGUGUAUCAACGUCGAGUAUGAGUCGAGCCGUAUCGAGGACUUUUGGGACAUCCAGCUGAACGUCACUGGCAACAAGGACCUACAGGCCAGUUUCGAGGACUACAUCAGCGUCGAGCGGAUGGACGGCGACAACAAGUACUUUGCCGGCGACAAGCACCAGCUGCAAGACGCCAACAAGGGUGUCAUCUUCCAGAGCUUCCCCGACGUUCUGCACUUGCAGUUGAAGCGUUUCCUCUAUGACUACUACAAGGACGCGCCAACCAAGGUCAAUGACCGCCACGAGUUUCCCGACGUCAUCGACCUUGCACCGUACUUGUCUGAAGACGCCGACAAGUCCGAGCCCUGGACGUACCAACUGCAUGGUGUCCUCGUCCACAGUGGUGAGCUGGAUGCCGGCCACUACUAUGCGUUCUUGAAGCCGACCAAGGAUGGAUGGUUUUACCGCUACGACGACGAGAAGGUCACCAAGGCGACGAAGCGCGAAGUCUUGGAGGAAAACUACGGCGGUGCCUAUCCACCGCUGCAGAACCCGUACAUGCGGCAAGGCACUACGAAGAAGAUGCCGAUCAUGCGGCCCAACAGUGCCUACAUGCUCGUGUACAUUCGGCAGUCCCGCGUGGAGAAGAUCCUGACCCCCGUCUUGGAGACGGACAUUCCCAGGCAUAUCCAGACCCGCUUCGAGGACGAGGCCCAGCUCCGCGAGGCGAAGCGCAAGGAGCGCGAUGAACAGCACCUGUACAUUGGCAUGAAGGUUAUUACCGACCACACCUUCCAGCAGCACACCGGGUUCGACUUGACCAGCUUCGACAGCCUGCCCGACACCGACGCGUCCGCACCGCGCAUCUACCGGUUAUUGCGUACGUCAACAGUCGAGGAGGCAAUUGCCACGAUUGCCGAGGACAUGUCGCAAGACCCGAAGCGGGUGCGCCUCUGGGUGAUGGUCAACCGUCAAAACAAGACGAUUCGUCCGGACCAGCCAAUCAUGGACACGCACCUGACCGUCGAAGAGACGUACACUCGGAUAUCCUCGCAUAGAGACAAUAUGCUCCGUGUGUGGGCCGAGGUGGCGGAGGACGUCGGGCCGGACGGCGAGGCGAUCUGGCCCACAUAUCAGAGCCAGCCGAACGGCCAGGUCGUCAAGAACGACCUGAUCCUUCUCUUCCUCAAGUACUUUAACAUUGAACAACAGGUCAUUACCGGCAUCACGCACGUCUACUUGAGCAAGGAAAAGAAGGUCGAGGAGCUGUUCCCGGUCAUCAUGAAGAAGAUGGGAUGGGGUGAUAAGCUCACUGAUGGGGACAAGCUCCUGCUCUGGGAAGAAAUCAAGCCCAACAUGAUCGAGGCACUUAAAGCCAAGCAGUCUCUGAAAGCCGCGGAGUUGCAGGACGGUGAUGUGAUUUGCUUCCAGCGGUACUCGGAGCGCAAGUCGUCGUCGGAACGGUCGUCGUUUCUGGAUCGUAAGACGACCAGCGAGAAGUCGUCCGACAAGUCAGGGGCUGUGGCCAAGAAGUGGGAUUACUUCACUGAUGCCAAGACGUACUAUGAGUUCCUGCUUCACAAGAGAGAGGUCCAGUUCAUGCCGCACCCUGCACGAUGCAAUGCGGACGAGUACCCGGCGUUUGCAUUGCUGCUCAAUGUCCGCAUCACCUACGACCAGCUGUGCGAGCGCGUCGGUGAGCAGCUCCAAGUCGAGCCGACCCACCUGCGGUUCUACACUGUCAACAACAAUGCGUCGGGCAGCCCGCGAACCGUGGUCAAGCGCAGCGUGGCCCAGAACCUGAACACCAUCCUGAGUCCGCAGGGCUACGCGACGCUCGGCACGUCGCAGAAGGCAGACGCCCUGUACUUUGAGGUGCUGGAGAUGAGCUUGGCGGAGCUUGAGACGAAGAAGGGCAUUAGACUUGUUCUUCUCAGCGACGGCAUCUCCAAGGACGAAUCCUUUGACCUUUUCGUCAGCAAGAACAGCAACACGGAAGACCUGAUUCAGGCUCUGGUGCGCAAGGCCAAGAUUCCCGACGAGGCCGAGGGCGGCCGGAUGCGCAUCUACGAAACAAGCGGACUCAAAUUUUCGCGCGUGCUGCCGAGAGACUACCCUGUCCUGAGCCUGAACGACUACUCGCAGCUGAUUGCUGAGCGCAUCCCGCCCGAGGAGCUCGAGGCCGAGGACCCGCAGGUCAUCCAGGUCUUCCACUUCCACAACGAGCCCAGCAAGGUGCACGGCAUCCCUUUCCGCUUCCUGCUCAAGGAGAACGAGCCGUUUAGCGAGACGAGGAAGCGCCUGGAGGCGCGCACUGGCUACAAGGGCAAGAGCUUUGAGAAGAUCAAGUUUGCGCUUGUGCGUCGUAUGCCGUACUCCAAGCCCCAGUACCUGAAUGAUGAUGACAUUCUCUGGGACUUGGCGACGCAAGAGGACGACUUCCUCGGCCUGGAUCAUGUGGAUAGGACGCGGGGCCUUAGGAACGGAAUAGAAGACCUGUUCCUCCACUAG